AUGUCACCCACGGUCAUUCUAAUGCGCCAUGCACAAGGAUAUCACAACUUGGGCAUCCGUCAUCACCACCUCGUCGAUCCCGCCUUGACGCCGACUGGCGAGCAACAAUGCCGCGGCCGCGCGGGAGAGCUCGCGGAUCAACAGCCAUCAAUCUCACUCGUUGCCGCCUCGCCUCUGACCCGUACGCUACAAACGGCCAUGCUUGUCUUUGAACGCGCACUCGCGCUGCCGACGUGCGCCGAUGCCAUAGUGGCUUUGCCGACGGCACAGGAGUCUUUUGAUUAUCCAUUCAAUACCGGCUCCGACAUUGGAGCGUUGAGAGACUCGUGCGCGCAAAAGGGCUGGCCUGUUGACCUGUCUCUGGUGGAAGAUGGGUGGACCGACAGGUCCUUGAAAAGCCCCUACUUUCCAGCCGGCACUCGACUUGCAGAGCGCGCGCGAAGGACAAGACUCUGGCUGAAAGAAAAACUUCAAGAGUUGGUCCAGACUGGUCUUGAAGAUGCGACGAUCGCACUAGUUACGCACGGCAAUUUUUUGCAUUUUCUAACAGACGACUGGGAGGCAGCGACAAAGUAUCACGGCACUGGCUGGAAGAAUUGUGAAUAUCGCUCCUAUUCCUUUGAGCCGAGUUCUCUAGCAUCCGGAAAUGAUGAGGCCAGGCUUGUGGAAACAGAGCGGUCUCGACGUCGACGGGGAUUGAGUACACCGCCGCCUUCAAUGGAGGAGCAGAAGAGGCUCUUUUACGAAACUAUAGCAGCUUGGCAUCUUCAGGGCUUGCCUGAUGCAUUCGAAUUAGACUCUAUGCUGGUUUGA